GCUCUUUAUAUGAUGUAUUCAGUAAACCAUCCUACCAUAGGAGAUUACCAGAACAACGCCUGCUUUUACGUCAAGGGUGAAGACCUGAUGUUGGGUCCAACUUGCCAGUACUUCAUUGCACAUGUUCCUGGGUUUAGUCGGGAUCGUAACACCAUCUCCCUUGAAUCCUAUUGCAAACGAGGCUACUUCCUACGACAAAGGAGAUAUGGUUUCAUACUGACAGCGACGCAUGCAAGCUUAAACUUUGGCAAGUGUAGUUCUUGGAUACAGGCAAUAACAUAGAAUUUUUUUUUUAUUUUUUCAAGUCAAUGCACCAGCCAUUUUGCCCUUGGAUAAAACGCUUUUACACACGGGGAAACAACUUUUAGUGUGUGACCGAUUUUUCCCAUGCAUAUGGUGAAUUUGUCCCGGGCAAGAGAGAAUGAGCUAGGAGAGCAAGUCCCUGUGCCCCAUGAUAAUUGUAUGAAAUCUAUUUACAGUUUGCGCGCUUGCGGCGAAGGUUAUAUUUGUCUGAUGUCCCCGUAGCCUCCCACGCAGGCGUUUUUAGGGGAGCUAAUUUUUCAUCCCUCCUUUGUUGGGAGGGAUGAAAGACGAGCUCCCCUAAAAACGCCUGUUUGGGAGGCUAAUGUUUCCGUGACCCACGCGAUCUACUUUUACGUGAACGCAACAUGUUUCGUCGCCAUGCGUUUGAAGUUUGACAGCAGUUGCAACAAUUAUCGCUCUAAAGGUUUAAGUUGUUGACAUGUGUUUUAUCAGCGCGUUCCACUCAUUAUUUAGGAAUAAAUUUAGGAAUAAGUUGGACUGCAGUAUUGGAGUCAAAAUUUCACUUUGAGAUUUGCUAAGUCCAGGUAGCCUCAUUUAAAGUAUCGAAUAUUGAAUACUGACACACCGAGAGAACAAAGGCAAAAAUUGUCACAGGCGAAAUACGAAACCUUAAUUAGCGGCUGGCUUCAGUUGUUUACGCAAAUGUGCAAGAUAUUUUUUUCUCUAUCUCCAGGAAUAUUUCUCGUUCAGAAACAGGACACUUGCUUUUAUGAGGCUUUUAAGAAUUCUUCUUGAGAGUUUUAAACUGCAUUACUUCUUCUCAGCGUCCAAUACUUACUAUGAAUAUUUCGCUGCGCGAGCACAAAUCAGGUCAGAUGCCUGAAGCUGUUAAACAGUCGCUAACCUGGAUGCCAGAGACGCAGUUUCUGAUUUCGGUCAAUGCUUUAUAAUGAGCGGUGCGCCUACAUUGCUCUUGAACAUUUGGCUAACGCCCUCUCAAAAUUCAAAUGUUUAGCUGCCAAACAUGACGUGUUUGAACCCCCUUAAAAUCUAUUUUCUUUUUACCUGUCCACGUUUGGAUCCAAAACGACGGUAUCACAGCUCGCGGUUUUAGGUGGAUUUCGCCGGGAGAGACAAUUGUCAUUGACAAUUAUAGAAAGACUUACUCGAGGCUGUUGUUUAUAUACUUAUGUAGCGAGGACCACAAUGAGCAGUUUUCGUCGAGUCGGGACAGCUUUCUCUGGGGACUCUCGGACGCCAGGACCGUUUUGCUCAUCAGCAGCUACUCUGGCAAGAUUUUUACACGUAGAAAUCUUUUGACUCGUCGGCGAAAGUAAUACCAAUGCGAGUUUUCACGUCGUAUCGCUUGCUGUGCGUGGGCGACAGUAAAAUGAAUUACCCGCCAAAAACCACCCACUCAUUUAAAAUUACAUGACGCCAUUUUAACCUACCAAUAAGGUGGCGUCCUUAAAAUAUCUAUGCAGUAUGACACAGAGCCAAGAAUAGAUAAUUUUCAUGGGAAGAGGAUCAUGUAAGGGGAUACGAUCUCGUAGAUCAUUAUCUCUUGCCUAGAGGAAUUCUAUAGAUAAGUCAAAGAGAACAAAAGAAUUCCUCAUGACAGUUCUCGAACUAGGGGAAUGUUUACAUGGAGGUGGGGGACCCCAGGUAGGUGAGGUAACCCGCUGAGCUGGGGUAAACCGCCGUCCAUAUAAUCUCUCAUUUUAAUGUUAUCACGUUUGCAUGUCAGGUGGUGUGACACACCACAUGGUACCUAACCUACCUGUGUAAACAGGCUCUAACAUUUAUGAGUUAAUAAGAACUCAAAGCGGUUCAACCAAUCACCAGAAAGUGAAAGGUAGCAAAAAGUAGAAUCACGGGUUGUGUUGAUCUUGGCGCCAAAUCUUACCUGCAACUGGUAGGAAUAAAAAAGCUCGAAAAAAAAUUUUGGACGCUCCUGUGAUUUUUUUUCUCGUCUUAUUAAUUCAAAAGCACUUUGAGACACUCGGAAGUUUCUUUGCAUCAGUGUUAAAAAUCAGAAAAUAUUGUUUCUGUAAGCAAUCGUUGGAACCAAUUCUGCGUCAGUUUUCAAUGUUUACAAGGUUUGAGGUUUUUCUUCCCCUUGUGCAAUUUUGUGAGCGUGUAGCCGCAAACAUAAGAAAGAUCAAAAAACAGAGCGAGCAAAACCCAAGCUAUUUCCCCAAGCAGAGCUUUCGGAAAAAGGUCUGGUGUCGACUGCAUCUAUCGUAAUGCAGGGCUAAAGCUACUUGCAAACCGGGCCAACAAUGUUGGGACCUGCAGUGCACGUGGGAAGGAUACAACCCAUUCGCUACUUCAACAUUUCCCAUAAUGCACGUUACAACCUUCGUUUUUCAUUUCUUCUGGAUCAACUGUAAUCACGGCUUGGUUUGGUCGGUUUGGUUUGCAAUUUCUCACCUUAGUUCUGCAAGAGCAAGUUUCUUACUGACCCAACCUGUUCGAUAAAGAUGGCUGUAUAUUGACCAAUAUCCAACUAUCUUAACCUCAUUUAGUUGAGCACGAGGCGCCAUGGUACCCAGUUUGUCAAAGUUUCAGGCUGGCCUUACUUGUGCAGUCGUGCUAUUAUACUGCCCGCGUAAAUCAGUUAUUUCUACACACCCUUGAAACGACUUUAAGUAAGUGACAUAAUUUCCACAUAUUAUACGAUUCCGCAGGAAAAGACGCUACGUUUUACAUUGGACACCGAGUGGAACAGAAAGGAACCUUUUCUUUCGGGCUUAUUCAUCAAGGCUGGUACAUCACCGAGUCGAAUCAAGUUGGUUCUUCUUGGAAGACAAUGGCUGCUUUCGACAACAAAACAAGUGAAUUUGCCAUUGAAAGUUCGUUUGUUGUUGUACCCUACACAAUGGAUGAUCCACUCAAGAACUGUGAUACUAUAGGCCCACAAGAGCCGGAGGGACCUGAAGGACCAACGCCUGGUAAACCACCCCCUGGACCACCCGGUAUACCUGGAGAACCACCACCGCCCACCGUGCAACCUUCACCGCCCGUUCCUCCCACCUUGCUACCAGGAAGUAAUCAUUAUAUUUUGCCUAAACUUUUUACUUUAUUAAUCAAUUUUGAAUUAGUUAAACUCUAAUGGUAUUCUGCUUCAAAUACCAGGAAGUAAUCAUUAUAUUUUGCCUAAACUUUUUACUUUAUUAAUCAAUUUUGAAUUAGUUAAACUCUAAUGGUAUUCUGUUUCAAAUACCUGCACUCUCUUAUAGCAUAAUGAACUACUGUGGCUAGGUAAAAAAAAGACGACCAGUCGUAAUAACCGCUAAAUACUUCAUUAAUAUUACCUGACCAAAGUGAUGCAGAAUGGAUACUACUAGAGAGUAAAUACCAAUUAUUGAAUUCUAUAGAAUUUUAGAACACAAGCUUUGUAGUAAUCUAAAGAAUCGGAAUUUACAAUUCUUAAUUUUAAGCAAAGUUAAAAAGGAAGCGAAAUCUCAUGAAUCUUCUAUCCUGAAGAAAGUUGAAGAGCCUGUUUCUAUUUUAAGGAAAACAAAAACAAACAAACAAACCAUAAAAUGUGUCACCAAACAAGGUUUUUUUGGGGGGGAGGAGGCGGGAGUUGAAUCUCUUGAGCUUUCUGAACAAGCCAUGGACAGGGUGUGAACGUUGGGAGCACGUGGACUUCAAAUGUAUGUGGUACAAACAAUUUGUUGCUAAAAAAGCAAAUUCUUUACGUCAUCUUUUUUUCUAUAAAAUUAAUUCAUUCUACUAUCUUUAAGAGGGUAACAAAAUGAACUAUCUGGUAUUAAACAGGAUUCGGGUUUAAAAAAAGAAAAAACCUCGGCGGCACACCUCUACCCAAACUUUCCCCAACCCCGGGAGAAAGGGGCGCACUAUAUAAGGGAAUACAGAUUCCAGGAUCGGUGAAAUUUUUGCUUGUAGAAUCUAGAAUCCGAGAACAUAUUUUUGCGGGAUCCGGAAUCUUGGGCUUUGGAAUCCGGAAUCCCACUAACGAUUGAAAUCCAGAACCCAAGUUCCACUAACAAAGACUGGAAUCCAGUACUUGGAAUCCAGAAUCCACUGCGUGGAAUCCAGAAUCCAAUACUGUCUUGGAUUGCCUCUCAAGGGAAAAUAUAGCUCUGAUCUUAACCUGUGACGUUAUCCAAAACGAAGGCUACCACCUUGGAUUUCACAAACUUUAAAUUCAUCAUUAGACUAAUUACCUGUCAGUUCGGUAAAUGCUCUUAUUGGUAAAAAUCGUUUUUGCUUUAAAAUAGCUCUAACUCAUGCCACUUACGACGUCACACUUACUAACCAAGGAACCCACUAUGUGCAGAAUGAAAGUCGCUUUAAAAAAAAAGAAUGUGGGAAUGGAUCCCAUGUACGCCGAAGGCUAACAUAGUAAAAAAACUAUCCAGAAACUUAAACAUAUAUGCGACUUUGGAAAUUAAUCUGAGAGUAGCUUGAAUUUACAAAGUCUUUCUGCAAGCUUAAUUUAACCAACUUUUUCUCCCCAGGUAAAUGUAUUGCGCUUCGUUUCAAGAACAUGGUUGGCCAUAAAUUUCACAUAUCUUCACCAAUAAAAGUUGAGGGCUGGGAUGUCUCGGGAAAUGAGCUGAGAAUACGAUUAACUUUCAAAGACCCGCAGUUUCACAGUUUUAUCACUUUCAGUGGGGAGGAUCCCUACGGAUAUCUUAUUCACCUCGAUGGUGACAAAACAAUCUCCGUUAUGCCCAGAAAUAACUGUGAUCACUACAUAGAAGUCAUAGUAACUGCAGGUAAGGAUCAAGUUUUUGUGGCAGUCAAAACGAUUGCAGUUUGUAAGUGGCGCAGCCGUUUUGAAUUUCGACCAAAAAUUAGUGUCUACACUUGUGCAAGGUUAUAUAGUAAUUUAAUCUGGAGUCCCACUUACAUGGAUAAACCGGGCUGUUCUGGGUAGACUAGUCACCCACCCACUAGAACUGCCACGGGUGAGCCAACUUUUCAUGCACGCACCACCCAUUUGUAAAGGGAAAAGCCCUGGGGACGAGGUUGGCAUUUCUCCCUACAAAACGUGGAUAAGUGCUUACAUAAGAAACAAAAAGUUAAAAAGGCUAAAAGGGCGACCCGCCUAGCUGGGAUGGUAGAGUCACUCUCCUAGCCGGGUUAACUUUUUUUUCCAAAUAAACACUUUGGACAAGUUUGGCCCGUCCAGCCAGGUCAACUCGGCCAAAGCGACAAAAUCAGAGCAUCAUGUUGGCUCGAGCAAAGAUGUAAUUUUUUUUUCUCAUAUAAAAGCUCGCUAAAGUUGACCCGGCUGGAAGGGUGACCCUUCUACCCAGGGCGGGUGUCACCUUUGGGACCGGCACUAAGUGUCCGUCUUAGAGAGGUGUCCGUCUUAUAGAGGGUCAAAUAAAAGGAGUAAAAAGCCAAAGCGACAAAAUCAGAGCAUCAUGUUGGCUCGAGCAAAGGUGUAAUUUUUUUUUCUCAUAUAAAAGCUCGCUAAAGUUGACCCGGCUGGAAGGGUGACCCUUCUACCCAGGGCGGGUGUCACCUUUGGGACCGGCACUAAGUGUCCGUCUUAGAGAGGUGUCCGUCUUAUAGAGGGUCAAAUAAAAGGAGUAAAGAAAGGCAGGGACCAACUCUAAGUGUCUGUUUUACAGAGGUGUCCGUCUUAUAGAGGUGUUCGUUAAGAGAGAGUCGACCGUAUCACCUGACUGUAAUUUUACACAAUUGAUCAUCAUAAAGUCGAACAUAAAAUUAAUACUCGGCGUUACAUAACAUCCGCUUAUUCACUCGCAAACUGGUCAUGAAUUCGUCGAACGGCUGAAAAGCUGUUGCCCUAUUAACACUGUAUUCAUUUUAAACUACUUGAAGGCACAAAAUACAGACAUUGCAGUACGGAAGUGAUGCAAUGCUUCUUGGAUCAAACAUACACAGCAAUUAAUAACCAAUCACUGAUGGAUUUUCCUCACGUAUAAUAAAGCACAAACUAUAAAAAUGGUCAAAUGGCCCUUCUCCUCUUUAAGUUAUUGUAUGAUGAAAAUUAUUAGUUCUUUAUAUUUUAGUUUAAUUUCAGAGAGUACUCUAACUUAAUAUGUGUUUUUGUCUACAUGUAGGUAGUCAUUAUGAUUAAUGAUUAAUUUAUUAAUUAUCUUAUUAGUUACUUACCUAAUUCACACCAGUCUAAGCCAGUUGCAGCAUGCGGGGCCUCUAAAGGCCACUCUGUAACUUGUUGCUGUGUGCGUAAUGUAUGUAAUUAUAAUUAUUAUUCAUUCUAAAUAUUUCUCCUUUUCUGAUUGGCUAAAAUUCCACACAUAAUUCAUCAUAACCGGCUAUUAUCGACCAAAUUUGGACGAAUUUUGUGAUAUGACGUCAAUCGUGCUACACCAUUGCCAGUUUAUUGAACAGUUAACCGAGAGGACCUGGGGUAAGGUUGACCUGUUUUGGUAGUAAUUACAAAAUGGGGGAACAUUUCACUCGUUUCACGAGGAGAAAUAUGCGAACUAUUGGCUAAAAACAUAGCAAGAACAGCAAGAAGACAACUUGACGGACAUCUACUAAUUGGGGAAUAUAUACAGAACUAAACAACCCUCUAUCUCCUAAACCUGCCGAUAAACAUGCAUUAUCGAUGCUGGUAAUCAUGUUUUAGCUUGUUCUCAAACUGGGAAUUAUUUUGAAUGAAUAAUAAAACAUGCACAAUUAUUGAAUUCGGCUUUCGUAUCAUCUGAAGAAUUAUGGGGAUCGAGGAUGUUAUCCGCCGAGGCCUCUCCUCAUCAACCUCAUAUAAUUCUUCAGAUGAUUUCGUAUCAUCUGAAGAAUUCAUGGAGAUCUAGGAUAUUGAGCACGCGGGAAGUUUAUCCGCAACUCUAGCCUUUUGAGUGCUCUCCAAACUUCCUGCUCAAUAUCUCAUCAACCUCAUGAAUAAAUAUCAAAGCGAUCAAUGCAGCAGUUAACUGAAAAUUUUAAGCAGUACGCGUUAAUGAUUACGUGACUAUUUUUUUUUUCCUCACAGUUAAUCUUAUGUUUUUAUCCUGAAACUGAGAGAAAGUGUACUCUAAAAUGAUUGCAAAAUCCAUAGUUAGGUGCCGGAAAACUUUUAAUUUACCGAAAAAUUGUUAUUGAGAGAAAACAACUUUGCAAAAAAGAAUGAUCUCACGCCAUAGCCCGCACAGCUCGCCGAGAUGACAACAACAACAACAACACUCACCUCUUUUCCUUACUAUCGGUUAACAAAUUCAAACCUUUCCUCUUAAAUUUCCUUAUAAAAAUUGUCUAUUGCUGAGUUAUGGAUGCACUCGGGAGACUCAGAAUUGCUAAGCUCACAACAACUCGAGGAAUUACGAAUAGUUUAUUGACGUCAUCAGCGUGCUCAAUAGGAAUAUGAAGCACGCUCGCGCUAUUGAAUUUGAUUAGCCGAAAUUUCCUAGCUAUGUUAUAAUGAAUAUUUGUCAAGUAUGACUUGAGGUUUUUAUUGUUUCUUCAUACUUUUUACUUUCUCUACAGAUACUGUAAAAAAAAGAACAAUAAUCAGUAUCAUCUAACUUGGCAGCUCGGUACUGCUUUAUAACUAAAAAAAAAAAUCAAUUUUCUCCCCAUUUUUCUUUUCCUUAUUUUUUAGAGCCUCCUCCUCCUCUUACAGUGCAACCUCCAGUUGCCCAGACCACGACAGCACCAGCAGGGGUUCCACCUGUACCACCAGCCACACCGGCACCACCUGCUCCUCCUCCUCCACCACCGCCUCCACCUCCUCCGGCUACUCCUCCACCUCCUCCACCUCCUCCACCUCCUCCACCUCCUCCGCCUCCUCCGCCUCCUCCUCCACCUCCUCCUCCCCCUCCUCCCCCGCCUCCUCCUCCACCAUCUCCACCCCCACCACUGCCACCAGGCCUAGCCCCACCAGUACCAGCACCACCACCUCCGGCACCACAGCCUCCAGCACCGCCGCUGGUUCCUACUAAGCCUCCCGCCGCUGCCCCACCAGUAACACGUAAGCAAAUCUAAUUCUAAUUCUUUACGAGACUGAAAAUCUAUAACAAAAGGAAUACACUAGAAAUAAUGAGCAAAGAUCGUUGUACCGUUUUCGCAGGUGCAAAUCCUAACAAUUCUACAUUACCUUACAGUCCGUAAGUGUCUUUAAGUCUUUAAUAGACUUUAAUUUUUUUGUUUCGUUACAUGCAUACAAGCCUACAACUAUACCACCAGAAAUCAAUACUGACAACCCGGCUUUAAGAGCGAUCAGCAUCUAAGUUCACGUUAAUCAACAGUAAGAAAUUAAAUAAGCUUAUAAAGGCAAUAAAGGGAUAAAGAAAAUGAUGGAGCAAUUGCCUCACGAAUUCUCUUCACCACGGUAAGGGAAACUGGAUGGAUAAUAUAAUUCUCGCUAGUGUCAGGGUUAAAUUGGCUAAGUCAUAUAUUAUUUCUUACAGCACCCCCUCCACCUGGAGGCACGACAUCACAGGGUAAGAAAUAGUUUUACAAUUAAUAUUUAACUGAGAAUUGCGCUAGCUGGAUUGUGGUAAGAUUGGGAUUGAUUUGGUGAACUCCAUUCACCUCAUGACGCAUUACAGAUUGGCUAAAGACUAACAGAUUAACUAAUCUCAGUUAUGGCACUGCGUGAUUCUGCCUUUCAUUUAAGAGUAAGGGUUUGACGACGAGUAUGAAACAAAGUCGGUGUUGUGUCUCAUUGCAUGAUGGAUAAUGGAGUGCUUUGGUUGAUGAAGCUAUAGCGUCCCCAAAACAGUCUCAUUAUGCAACGCCGCUCCGGUCUUACAUGCCCAGGGGGGCUACUUUAGACAUUUUGUCCCUUAGCCUAUACCAGAGCAAGUUCAGCUGAAUUUUGUUACCCUAUAUUACACUAAAUUCCCCAAAUCCCCCCUAUCCUAGAGUAGCUUUUAGGCUGAGUUGCGUAAAUUUAAACUUUCCAAUUUAACUUUUGUUUAUAUUUUUGAUUGGCAAUUCCCGGUUUCCCUAGUCUAGACUAAAAACUUCAACCAAUCGAUCAGUUUCCUGGAAAAUGAUACCCUAUUCUAAACCCAAAGUCUCUGAUUUCUAUACCCUAUUCCAGAGUAAACUGCUUGAAAACCAUACCCUUCACAGCGGCACAUACCUGUAUAGCCCAUAUUUGGCAGUACCCCCCGGUCGUACAUGCAACCUCAAAAUGACUGAUACCAUAGUGUCUCAAGCUACCGUAAUACGGGCAACAAAAACAUUCAGAUUGCAACAUUGCUGCAAAACGAGUUAAAACAGAAAGUAGCGCGUUUUACCACACCUUCAAACCUCUCGCAACAAUCAAGUUGUUCGGAGAGCUGCUUGAAUGCUGGCUUCUGAUUGGACACUAUUACGCGGGAGUCACGCUAUGCACAGGAGGUACGUCUCUUGCUACAGAAAACGUCUGUCUUGAGCCGGUAAACGUACAAUAUGUACAGAUUUUGAUGAAAAAAAGAACUACUCUCUACUUUCUGCAACACCUUUUCGUAAACUGCAACCUGAUGAUAAGCUGAUUUGCUGCAAGACAGGUUUGAUUCGUGGGUUGUAAAACGUGCAACAUCGCUGUUAAACUCGUGUUGCAGCAAUUUUGACAAACAGGUUGCAAGUUUUUGUUGCCCGUUUACGUACCGUCGCUUUAAAUCGACCUGAAUCAUAACAAACAGAAAGAUGUCAUAUUUAUCAUGUCAUGGACGUGUCUCUGAGGGUCGCUAUUUUCUAUUCGGACGGUCAAACUAUAUUAAUCUAUUUUCUAUCUUUCUGUAGGUGGAAAAGAAAUACACUAUCAUAUUCACUACCAUCCUGACGGUAAGACUAAUAUUUACAAUUGAAUAGAGCGUUUUUACUCACUUGCGCAGCAUCUGGGUACAAAUCGGUUAUUUUACAAUUGCGGGCUUAGUAUCCUCGCCUUUGAAUGAACGGAGGCUGAGGUCGGACCUUGGUUGUUUACCAUUUACAAUUAGUUUCCGGAAAAUCCGGUUGAAAAGUAAAUGAAACAUGGCCUUUUGGGUCGUUUCAGCGGAAAAUUGCCAGGAGCAACGGAAUAUCUGAAAAGGUAGUCCCGUUUUUGUGGACGGAAUGUUUCAAACGGAUUUCGUGUUCCAUUUCUUCAAGGCCAUCUUUGAUACCAUUUUCAGGGUUUUCGCGGCCGUUUUUCGAGGAAGGAAAUGAUUGGUCCAAACGGUAAACGCCAUUCCGGGACGAUAUUCACCAGUCUUGUAAAUGAAAAACAUCCCUUCUUUUGGUACAAAGCUCCUGCCUUUUCUCAAGCAAAUUAUGGACGCUUUCCAUUCAACCAAAACGUUCGAAAAAUAUGGAAGCAAGGGCAAAUGGUACUGAAAUUUCCGGAGAACUUUCCCGAGAACUGUUGAAUUUCCGAAGUGCGAAGCAUUUAACCGAAAAUUCUAGAAAUUCCAGGAGCAAAGUGGAAUGGAAAGAAAACUUCCGGGAAAAUUGUUUAGAAAAUUGGGGCCUCGCCCGGUUGUCCUCUUUUUGGAAAAUGUUAUUCCAUUCGCUAAUGGAAGUUGUUGAAAAUUCAAGGCGGACGUUUUGGUUGAAUGGAAAGUGCCCUAUGCCGAAAAAAUUCUUGUUGGCUGUAAAGAAAAACAUUCUGAUUUACAUAACAAAGAAAGAAAACAAGGUGAACUCCAGUUAUCAAAACAAGGUCAACUCCAGUUUCGUUUCUAUCUGUAACUGUAAAAUGGGCCAUUUAUCAAAACAAAAGCAAUCGUUUACAAAAAACAACCCAUAAUUAGAGAAUAAAAGAAUCAAACAUUGAUAUAACUUACCGAAGAUACACCUUUUAUAUUGCGAAAUAAAUUAAGUGAGGCCUAAUAUAUAAUUUUUAUAACUAAGUGGAAUCUCGUGUUGUAGGCACGUGACUUUGUGAGGGGCUUGCGUCACCUACUGUGGUGCUAUGCAUCUAAAAACGCGUGGGAAGCAAAAAAUUAAUGAAUAAAAGAUUUCUUGGAAACUGACCGGCUCAGCCGCGAAAUAGCUCUUCUGGGAUAUUUUGAUUAAUGCCUAUACAAUGUCGCGAAUCCGAACAGCACGAGACUCUAUGAGGCUUAAAAUUAAUGGUGAUAAUCCCAAAAAACUGAGUUGUUUUAUGGAACGAAAUAUUUUCGCAAAUGAAGAAACUCGAUUAUUAGAGCUGGAUUUCGCGGUUGCAUCGAGCAGUUUCCACAGAAUGGUUUUGGAGGCAGAGAAUGCAAGGUAAGAUGUCCGUUAACUGUAUGGCAAACUUUAAUUCAAUUUAUUUUGCUUCGAUUUAUAGCUUUAAAAAAGUUCUACAGUUUCUGAUUCUAUUUAAUUUUUUUGCAGGCCAUAUGGGUAGCAUCUGUCCACUCGUGUGUAAUAAAAUUCAGUCACCAUGUCUUCCACCUUGCCCUAUUGCAUGCUGCAAUAAAAGAUUCGAGACAACUUCCAUCGAGUCUGUGAAGCGUUCAAACACAAAGUCAGCAUUGGCACCACCCACUAAGUCUCAAAAGCGUUCAAACAAAAAGCUCACAAAGGCAGCAUCGAUACCUUUCCCUAAGUCUCAAAAGCACCGAAAGGUAAUACCGGUACCUUCCAUUGACCCUGUGAAGCGCUCACACAUUGAGGCAAAGCCAGUAUCCUCCACUAAGACAGAAAACCAUUCAAAAAUAAAAACAACACUGACGUCUUUCACUGAGUCUGUGAAAGUUCCAAACAGACAGGUGCCCUCCACUGAGUCUGCAAAGCGUUCGAACAUAGAGGUAACACCGGUCGAGGACAGAUCAAAGGUCAUUCGGCAGAGCUGCAGUUGCCUCAUGGAUUGUGAUGGAGCCGUAUUGGACGAAGACAACCAAAAAUGCCACGAAAAAUGUACGUGUCAUCCCGACGAGAACUCCACAACUUUAGAACAAGACAAAAUCUCCGAUCAUGUGGAUUCCAAAAAGAAAAGAAAAGCUUUUUCUCGUCCUCAUAUUGGUUCAAAAGAAAUGAAGAAAAUAAAGCAUUUGUUUUCAAAAUGGAUAAGGGAAUAUAAUGGCGGUGUCCAGAGAGGAGAGAAAAAUGAGGAACACACUAGCAAAAGUAGACCAUUAAGAGAUCAACGCGUUAGUUUUAUCAGCAAAAUGCUGAAAAACUACCAGUAUUUUCGUCAAAAAGAGAAAACUUUGCGUCUAAUAGAGCAGGAGCAAGAGGACCUAUCUAAUCAGCAGCAACACUUAGAAGAUUUACUAACCAAACAAGAAGAUGUGCUAACAACGAAAGGCAGUAUUCAUGAAAAUGGUGCAACUCCCGGCUUAGCAAAAACUGAGCAGCACCAUCUGCACAAAGAUGAUGUCAAUAUUUCAAUAACCACUUCUAACGCAACCCAAGCUCCUCCCACAACAACGGCUCCGGCAAAUGUGGCUAUCAACCAGCAAACAUUAAGUGAAAUUGAAAACAUCAAAAAGCAGCUAGAAGAGAUUCAACAACAACAAGUCACCCUCUCCCAACAGCAAGCUCAGCUGGCUGACCAGUUAAAGGAGGAACAGGCUAUUUACGAGCAAGCUAAAGCAAUUAUUCAGCUUGUUCUACAACAAACCCUAGGUGCUGCUGCCACCGCUGCUACAGCUAAUGCUGCUACGAAAGUCCCUGAAACACAGUCAGAUUAUGAGAACGAAUUAUCCUCACAGGCACCGGAAGCAUCGAACGAGGAAUCAGUUCAGCCCUUGACUUAUUUAGGCCAGUUACAACGGCUGCUCUCGAAGCUCAUGUUCAAAAACGAUGAAAAUUCCCAGGAAGGCAAUGCCAAUGAUGAUGAACAAUACGUGUUUUUCCAAAACUCUCAGGAAGGCCAGUCAAAUCGGAGAAAUGAAAAUUCGGUUUAUGCAAAAGACGCUGAUAUCCCCGUGGAAAUUGAUCGCAGUGACCUAAAUGAUCAAGGGUUACAAAAUUCAUUGCUCGGAAGAGACAGUGCUGAUAGGUCGGUAAGCGAAGAUGAAAAUGAAGGUUCGUUUUUGUUAGAAAAAGGCGUCGAUGAGGACGGUAUUGCACCGGGUUAUGCGCUGAUGGAAAAGAAGACCCUGCAUCCAAAUGAUCUGAUCACUGACUCACAGAAAACGACAAAAGAGAUAAAAGACAAACCUAGUGACCUAAUACAUAACACGGAAAACCGUGUUCAAAGCAAUGAAGGUGGAAUUUGAGUCUUCAAGUAUAUUCCACCACAGUAGCUCCAAUCAAUGACCACCAAUUGUAGGCCAACUUGGUAUGAAUAUCACGCUGCUCACGAUAAUAGACAACGAAAAAAAAAGGCGAUGCCAUAACAAUGCAAAGUCAUAAUUGUGAUUGAGUAGCUAUAGUUUCGGGCAUUUUCUGUACGUCCAUGCAUCAAUGAUUAGGAUCACUGAGACAAGGCCAAGUUUUACUGAAUAUGCUAAAGUGCUACUGUCAACUGUCAGGCCACUGUUAGGUUACGUUAUCAAAUGAUUAAAAGCCUAAAAUGAACAUUCAUAGUGUAGAUGUAAAUUUCAUACAUCUGCAGAAGUCUGAUGAAAUAGGCGUCUAUGAAAAUUUGUGGCCAGCAGCUCAAUUAUAAUGUUUUUUUUUUUUACCUUGGUUUCAAGCCUUAUUUUGGCAUAAUUAAGGUAAGGUCUGGUCCACAACUGCAAAGCAUUUAGGAACUUAAAUAAAAUAUCCACUUUAAUGUCAAAUUACCAGCCGGGUCCCAGACUUAAGCAGUCGUAAACGCCACAAACGCAUAAGUGAACAUAAUGCCUGCGGUUGUAUUAGAGGGUUGACGUUGGUCACAAUAAAAAGCAGAUUCCAAUAUCGAAUUAAGGUUAUCAACAAUGGCUCCUGGUAGCACUGAACCCUUUCAAAGCUUCUCAAUGACGUGUUUAGCUUUACCCUAUUUCGCUACGCAGUUUUUGAAAUCAUCAGAGUACAUUCAAAAAAUUCUUAGCUUGAUUGUAUUAGCUAGAUGGUAAGACCUUUACCUCUGUUAUCCUCUGUCCUCUGUACCCGUCAAAGUGUUGAGCAAAUAUCGUUCUAAAGGAAAGAUAGUCAAAUAAAGACGACUUGUUCAAUACAUUCUGUGUGUAGGUUUUCUUCUUAAGAUGGUACCAUUUUUUAAUUUAGUCCUUAUACUGUAAAACUCACAGCUAUUUCAGGGUUGCUAUUUUGUUGAGACAAAAAAGCCAAUUAGGCAUCGGAAAACUAAACAACCCGCAUCUACGGUAAUUAGUGUGUGGUUCGUGGCUUGUUAGUGGUUUCUGAUCUUUGUUUUGAAGAGAAGUCUGGAAACAUCGAGUUUGUAUUCGAGUUCGAGUUAGACCUUCAUUUGGACAGCAAAUUGGACUUAGAGUUAGAGUUAGAGUUUCAUAUUUUUAAUGCAGAUUCACAUGAAUUUUGUAAGUCUUUACAUGGGCCACGCCCUCUUAAAAGGACAAUUUCGUCUUACUAAUUCACAAUGGAAAAAGAAAUCAUACAUUGUUCAAACCUAUAUCCCUGCUCUAUAACUUUCCGUGUUUGAAUUUAAAAAGGCGUUAGAAAGGUGAAUGUAAUAAAAUUUUCUUUUCACUCAAUUUCAAUGGCUCCUUUCACUUUUUCCAAUUCAUUAAUACAUUAUUUUCUAUGGACGACCAUUUUUCGUGUAGGCCAAAGUCCACCAAAUUGCCUUACCUCCGUUGUAACUGGUCACAACAUAAUAAACAAUCCGAUGCUCAUGGUUUUUUCGAGUUUGACAGUAAAAGUGGUAUUCCCUCUCCAUUUUUUUUUUUUUUUCAUUUUUUAAGGCUAGGGCCAACAACUUUAUUGGUACCAAACUGUAUUACAAUAUUGAUUAAAAAUAUAUAUAUAUAUACAUAUAUUAACAAAAUUAAAGGGGACUACAAACUGCUCCCAAUAACCAGGGCCUUAGAAUCUUCGUGGUACACACCUAUUCUGAACGAAUGGAAGUACCCAGCUCGCGUCUCAACGGGAUCUUAGCUCCAUAAACUCGAACGUAACAAUUAUAGUUCAAUGCAAGUUUCUCCUUGCUUUUUAUAUGUGUUGUCUCUUAGUGCUGGGAUGUUCCCCAACUCACGGUGGAAACUCUGAAGGAGCCUGUUGUAUGUUCCCUUACACGUACAAUGGAGAGCAGUACAACAGUUGUACUGAUGUUAACAGCAGGAAGCUGUGGUGUUCAACCACGAGAGACUACAACGCCGAUCAAAAAUGGGGAUACUGUCAAAGUGAGUUGUGUAACUUAAUUUCAGUUAAUUGUUAUAACAGACAUCAGACGCAGCCUUUUAAUCGCUACAUGUGUUUCUCUCAACCAAUAUUUUUGGAAAGGGAAUUGUGAAUGUGGUUUAAGCCCCAUGCAAUAACAUUAGAUUUAAAAAAAGCCCCCUUUGACUUAAGCUUACGAAUGUCCAGCUGGACAUAACCGGGACUCAAUAAAUUCUGUGUAGACAAAAACGUAUUACGGUUUUUAAAGUAACUCGGGUGAAGUCUUCCUAGACCUCACACUGACUUCACAUAGACACCUACCAAUAAAGUUACAACGUGACUAACACUAAAUCAAAAUCAGUUCACAUUGGCAAAGAGUAGGCUGCAAACUCCAACUUGACCACAAUAGCACCAACCAAAGCUCACUAAGUAGGCGGCAAAUGGACAAAACUGUUUAAGUAGGCUUAUAUUGAGUGCAAAAGCAGUGGUCCAGUAGCAUAACUAGACUCUGGAGUCCAACUGGAUCGCAACUGAGUAAAACUGAUCAAAAUGGACCCUUAAGAGAAGACAAUGCAAUAUUUAAAGUCCAUAAAGGUAAACUAUGAGCUUUAACACGGCUUUGCAGCCAUCUGUAUCAACCUCCCACAUGAAAUAACCACCUAUUUCCAUUUCCCAGAGUAUCUUCCUGCUUUGGUGUUCAGGGUUUUAGAUGUGCUGUAUUCCUUUACUUGUCUCCAGAUUGUCAUCCGACACACGGUGGAAACUCCGGUGGAUCAUGCUGUCAGUUCCCAUUCACGUACAACAAUAUGAUUUAUCACCAUUGUAUACAUGGAAACCAGGCAAGACCAUGGUGCAGUACCACCUACAACUACGACACGGACGGACAUUGGGGCUACUGCAAAUCCAAAGGUUAGUUGAGCUCCAUAUGUUUCAAGUAUUUUAGAACAGAAAGAGUCGUUUGAUACUAGAAAGAGAGAAGUGUACGAUACCAUGAUGAAAAAAUUUCUAGAACUCAACAAUCUUACUUGAUCGAUACGGCCAUUUGCAUUGUUGAAAUUAUGGAAGAAAAGUACGGGCUACCAUUUUGUUCCUUAGUGCAAUCAUGCACAGGAAACGGUCAUAAAUAUCAAUUUCUCCUUUUUUUUAUUUCCUGAUAUAUUUAAUGGACCACAGUUUGUAGAGAUCCAGAAAUUUUGCUACUAUGGCAAAGUAACGAAACGACUUCUCUUUAUUAAGACAGUUGCUUAGAUGAAAACGACAGUAUAGGGUACUGAGCACUUAACUACAUUUAGAACUGCUGGAGGCAAUAUAAAAUAUUCAUUGGCCGUCUCAACGACAAUCCGGUUGCCCAGAUGAACCUUUUUAGUUAAGUAAGUUAAAGCAAGAAAAUAAGGUCUGACUGCAAUAAUUUAUCCAAAUGUACCAUUUUUUACAGUUCGAUCUGCACCUCAGUUAAAAAGUCUUCAUUUCCACGUGAACCAGCCCUGUCCCGGCCACUGUGAAUCAAACUGUGAUGACUUCUGCCCUGGUCACUGUUGCACCACUGCAAGUUCCUGUCCCACGUACUGUGCGCAUUCCUGCAAACCAACUUGUCCUGAUGAAUGUUGCACCCUCCCUUUGCCUGUCAUUCACAAUGUUAAACCACCACCACCACCUCCUCCUCCUCCACCACCACCACCACCACCCCCUCCCCCACUUCCACUUCCACCCCUCCCACCACCUUCUCCGCCAAUGAUCAUCCCAGCUCCCUACCCAUCUUCCCCUCCACCCUCUUAUAUUGUACCAGCUCCACCCCCAACCUACCCAAUGGCGCUCCCACCGCAACCAUCGUGUCCAGCGGUGUGUGGCACUGUAUGCAUGGGGCCUUGCCCAGUUGCCUGUUGCACAAAGCUAAUUCCAGCAACACGAAGGGUGUACAUUUCCCCCACUGGAGUUCCUCCACCUCCAUACUACUCGCAACAGCCCCAGGGCUACUUCCAGCCACAACAACAACCGUGGCCUACCUCUUGUCCUGUCGUAUGUAGGACGAAGUGCAUCGGCUCAUGUCCAAUCCACUGUUGUCAAAGUAGUGUGCUUGACAAUUUAAGACGCUUAGCAAACGCUCGAGAUCAUCACGUGAAAAAGUCUGAGACACCAUCCACUCCAGGCAGUCAAGGUUAUCAUCAUGGACCACCCCUUCUUGAGGCUACUGUAACCGCCCCUUCCUCGUGUCCAGCCAUCUGCUCCAGACAUUGCACGAAAAUUUGCACGCAAGAAUGCUGUUCCGAGCGGUCUGUGGCAAUCUAA